CAUAGGGUAUAAAUAUUAAAUAUCAUAGUAAUGAACAUUAAAUAUAUCGGUGGAAUUCACAUGAAGCUCACCAUUUUUACCUAUAUACGUUCCUCACCCUUUACUCUCCAAUAGCUCUAAUAGACCCCCAAGAAGACCCCAAAGAAACAAUGGAAGCCUUGUGGAAGUUGGAGGAUAAACUGAAGCUAACAACGAAAGACGCGGUAGUGAUCUUGGUCGGAACAGCGGCUGCAGUAACGCUCCUCUGCAUAGCCGCAGCGUUUCUCAACCGCAAUUCUCGAGGAAAGCAAGUAGCAGACGCGGAGUGGGCGUUUGUUGAGUCAAGAACAAUGGAUCAAAAGAGGAACUGUAAGUGGAGCAAAGUGAAGAGAAGGUUGAUGGGCUCAUUUUGUUGGAGUUCUGCAGCUAAGUGGAUGGAGAUGGAAACACGAACGCCGCCGCAGCAGACAUUGCUUGCGGUUAAAGAAAGGAGUCUUAAUGCGGUUGAUCAGGUUUGGCAGCGACCGAUUCUGAUGGGUGAGAAAUGUGAACUUCCACGGUUUAGUGGUUUAAUAUUGUAUGAUGAACGUGGCGAUCCGAUUCAGCAUUCUCCAUCUCAAGAAGAAGUUAAACAAACUCCUCUGGUAAGAACAACUUUGAGAGAUUUGCUUUGAUAGUUGUUUUAUCGAAGUUUCAUGUGUAACACGUUUUAAACCCGCCAUGAAAGGUAACACGGAAACAAAACAUGUUUAUGUAAACCAAUGUCUUAUGUGACGUAGAGACAAAUCUUCUUCCUUUCUUGUGUGUUUAUUUGUUUAGAUAGGCCAAAUGGAAAAAAAAAAAAAAGCAAUAUCUUAUGAACCAAUUGCUACAAUUUGAUGCAAAUGUUCUAUAACAAAGAAAAAAAAUCUUAUUGACAAACAAAUAGAAUAAUCUUUUAAAACAAACAAUAUAUGAACAAAUGUUCUUCAAAAUCAACCCACCAGAGAGCUUCAUCACACACAAAACAAAACCCACAUCAGUGAAUCUUUCAUGUGGUCUCACAUCAUUUUCAGCAAUUGAGCCAUCAAAACUAGCUUCUUUGCCAAAACUCACACAUAAGAAACAAUCAAGGGCUCUUUUGUUUCCUCCUCUACAGAGUUUCUGUGGAAGUAGCAAUACAAAGAUAGCUGCACAAUACCAAGAACCGUUCCUAUUCCAUUUGGUGUCUGAGGUUUCAAAAAAGGGUUUUGUUAAUACUUUUAAGAGAAAUAACACAAACAACACAAACUACAAUCACACUCACUGAAGAGUACAACUUACAUAAACAAAGGCGUCACUGUUGAAUAUUCCGAACAUGAAGAAGGAAGCGCUCAUCAAGAAAGUCGAUAGAGAGAGAUAAAACGGCAUGAACUCAACACUCUUUGUCUGAAUCACUAAGUU